AUUAACACACACACAUAUAAAAGGAAUAAUUUAAUCUUGAGAAAAUUAAACAAUCGUUUACUUCUCUAAAAAACAACGAUAGUGAUCAAAAAUUAAAAUCUACUUCAGAUUAUAACUGGAGCACGAACGUUUCAACAAGACAGACUGGUUUAUCCACAGUUGUCCUGUGAUGUAAAUAGCUAAGAGUUGGGUAUUUUUCCAGUGACCUCAUCACUAAAUAAUGGGAAUGUUUAGUUUUAAUCCACGUUUGAUUUAUUUGACAAAAAAAUCCAACUAAAUGUUAGAGAUGCUAAUUUCUGAUGCCCUGGCAGCGCAGUGAGGGCAACACUGAAACUCGUGAAGCUUCUCCGCCUCAUACUGAAUAGUACAGCCGGCUAGCUUGGCGAGAGAGUCGCCGCUCCUGAUAUCGCUUUCAAGGAUGUUUAGGGGUCUACAAAUCCCAUUUUGGGCUUGUCCCAUAAGACCGUCCCUGCUGUUGAGAGAAUCCCACCUGUCAGCUUUCUCUGAACACAUUGGAUCAGGAUGGCAGGGAGCAAGGCAUGAAAAAAUAUAUGGAAGAGGCUUAAGUAAGGAUGGAUCAUCAUUAUCAACAAGGACCUCUGAAAACCUCUUAGCCAAAGCCAUUUUAAGCCAUCAUCUUCACCCUCAGGUCUCUGCAACAACCAAACAACUGUCUUAUCUAGUAAACACUUUCUGGGACUGUUUAAUCAACAGCACUUUCCUUCAGCGUCUGAGAAGUCCAUUGGACUUAAGCCAUCCUUCACUUAGUUGGAUCAAUAAGAAUCAGUGCAACCCUCUACAAAGCCAUCUACAUCAUAGACAGCACCCUGUUAGCUCUUCCAGUUUGUCAACACAUAAGCUGUGGAUUUUAAACAAGUUUAACUGUAAAUCACUACCCUUCAGCCACUUUUUUCAUCAAACCAGAGCUGCUCAUCAGGCUGCCCCUAGUUUGGCAGACACCUGGAGGGACAGCCUAUCCCCUGAAAAUGAAAACAGGUGUCGACAGACCCUGGGGUCCAACUGCAAACUUUAUGAGAUGGACAAGGUGAGAAAAGGGGCAAGCCAGACGCGGGGGAGGAACCAGGGGAAAUGGGCUUCUAUCCUGGUCUGUCUUUGCUCUGUCGAAGGUGAACCUGCAUUUCUUUUCACGCUGCGCUCCAGCACACUGAAGGGCAGACACAAAGGAGACGUCAGCUUCGCUGGUGGGAAGAGUGACCCAUCAGACAAAGAUGUGGUGGCCACAGCAUUGCGGGAAGCCUGGGAGGAGCUGGGUGUUAAUGUGGAAGCUGAGCGGGUUUGGGGCAUCAUGAAACCUCUGGUGGAUAUGUCAGGAAUGAUGAUUGCUCCUGUGCUGGCUAACCUCGGUCCUCUAGAAGAGUUGACUUUCAAACCAAACCCUGAGGAGGUGGAGGAAAUCUUCACUUUGUCCGUGGCGCACCUGUGCAACCCCCUAAACCGCGGCUACACCCACUUUCGCAUUGGUGACAAGUAUGGAUACACAAUGCCGGUGUUUCGUAACGGGAAACAUCGGGUCUGGGGCCUGACUGCCGUUGCCCUGGAUCAGACCCUGAAACUUGUUGUACCUCCAGAAUAGCUCGGGCACAGACUUCUUAAAGUUUCCGGUGUUUGAAGCGAUGCCAUGUUGUGUGCAUUCUGACUUUGAACCACAAAAUCAUGUCAGGAACCAGUGAAGAAAAAUCUAUUUGUUCACUCUCAUUCGUAGAGUUUUUUUAAAAUCAAGAAAAAGCUUUUCAUCCUUUGCAUCGGCUAAGCCUCAGAUGUAAGAAACUACACUGAAAAGGUUUGGUGUAUAAAGACAGGCCUGCAUUCACAUCACUGAAAAAAAUAUUUUAAGAUCUGUCAAUUGGUUUGGAAAGCAGAUAUGAAUAAAUGACAAAGCAAAUAUUUAAAAAAACCUGAUUCUUACAUAAAUGUUAGGUUUUUAAAUAGUUUAAUAGAAUGAUGAGUCAGCUUAUUCCAUAACUUCUAAAUUCUUAGAUUUUUAUUUAUGUCAAAUCAACGAAGCACGUCUGUAAAAGACUAUGAUUUCCAGCUGGAUCCCAUUUAUUCUGUUGCCCAUGUUAUCUCACUACGGAUCAAAUCUCGACUGUGAACAAUAACGCUAUAGAAGCACAUUAAUGUGUGAAGUGUGAAAAAACAAUGCAAUAAAGUUUAUUUUAUUUUAA